AUGGCACUGGAUUCAGAAGUUGUCAAGGUACGUUUAUUAAAUUUUUAGUGUUCUUUGAUUUUAGGUAUCGAAUGAUAUAGUGAGUUAUAUUAUCGGUGGGUUUUUUGUUGGAAUAAGUUUUUUGUGAGGUUUUAUAUCUGUUAAUUAAGCUCACGGACGUUGGAUUUUAUGUUAUUAUAAAUUAAAGAAGGUUAAGAUCGAUUUUAUUGACGUAUUUUAUUUCAGAUGCUUGACGACAUUGACUUACCUCAUCACAAUAAAGUUGACGUAGUCAAAAACGCGCGAUUAGAAGCCCGUCAGCGGAAAAAGAAGAAGAUUGCCGAGAUUUUGGCGGAUUCAAAGAACGACGAACAGCUGUACGAUAACUUGAGUUAUUUCCGCAGAUUUGCCACGACAUCAGGCGGCUUACUGGAACAUGAGUUUAGAUUGGCAAUAUGGCCGGUUUUGGCUAACACAAUGCCUUAUGCUGACGGUGUUUUAAAAGAGAAGAAGAUUCGGAUAGUUUGCGAACGGUUUCAUGAAUCUUCUUGUUCUGAUUCCGAUUUUUUCGAGUCGGCACGAUCGAGUUUGUCUUUGAGUACGUCAACACAAUUGGAUUCGGAGGAGGAUGAACCAACUGAUGAGAUAAUAUCGGUAUGACAUUUUUUAUUAUUUUGCUGUAUAGUUAAGUUUAAAUUGAAGAUGUAGCUUUUUUUGAGGAGGCAUAUUACAAAAAGUAAUUUACACGUCAUUUUUCUAUUUUAGACUAAAACUAUUUCCUAAAAUCGAUAAUAUUUAUUUUUUAGCCAAGCCCAUCAAUAGAAGACCUUCAAAAGCACGUUGAAUGGAAUCAAGUUGAGUUGGAUGUAAAUAGGACGUUAGCAAGGUUUCCACCUAACAUAUCAGAGACGGAAAGGUUAACUUUACAAGCGGAUUUGAGCCCAAUGAUUGUGCAGUUACUCUACAUGAAUAGCAAUUUUAGGUAUUAUCAGGGUGAGUAUUUAUUUUUUUUCUUGUUGAUUUUUAGAUAAAGAGGAUCAAUUUGAACCAAGUUAUGGUGAUAUUGGGUCUGGUUGUGCUAUAGAUUAUGGAUAAUAUAUAUUUUAAAGUUUUUUGGGGAUGUGACGCUUUGUAAAAGUUGUUUUUGUUUUUAUUUUGAAAGUAUGGUUUAAUUUAACAUGCAAAGCUACAUUAAAGACUUAAUUUACAGACUUCUGUGAUAUGAAUAGUAUAAUAUUUUGUCCUUUUUAGGAUUUCACGACAUAUGCUUAACCCUAUUACUAGCGUUAGAUGUAGAAAAAGCGAAACAAGUGGCCAGGAAUAUAUGUCAACGAUCGUCGUUAAGGAAUUACUUAACAAAGUCACUGGAAGAGUCUGCUUUAGCCGAACUCAACUUGAUGUAUGUUAUACUAAAUCACUGUGAUCCACAGAUUGAGAAGGUUCUUCGAGGCGCGGAGCUUGGCACAUUGUUUGCUUUAAGCUGGCCUAUCACUUGGUUUUCUCAUUCACUUCGUUCUUUUGAUCAGGUAAGGUAUUUCGGGGGUUUUAGGGGGUGUUACACAUGUUUUGAGGGAUAUUGUAGUUGUUUUGGGUGGAUUUUUAAUUGUUAUGGAUUUUAUAUACGAGGUUUAUUGACCUUUUCGUUUUUAAAAGAUUAAAUUUUUUUUUUGAUGUUUUUAAUGAAUAAAUUGCCAAUUUUUUUCAAUUUUUAUACAGAAAUCAAUGAUAAUAUUGUUGUAGGUAGUAUUAUGUUUUGACAUGUUCUUAUCCUCUCAUUAUUUGAUGCCAAUUUACGUAAGUGCCGCAUUAGUGGAACAUAGACGACAAGAAAUACUGGUAUGCGAGCCGGAAAUGCCAUCACUUCAUCAUUUACUCAACAACGUGCCAGCCAAUAUUGAUAUACAAUGUGUACUGGAGAGAGCUCAAGAAUUGUACAAUCUGUAUCCGCCGAGCUUAGUACAAGGUAUGUUAUGGGGUUUUUAUGAUUUAAGUAGAGCAGGGUAAAUAAAAAAAUUUUGAAAUUAAAUUUUCAAUUUUGAAAUUAAAAUUGAAUUUUUCAGGACCAUAUCUACGUGAUUACGAAGCGCUAUGUAUCCGAGAAAAGUCGAAUCAAAUGCGGUGUCAACAACAACCCCCACUACAAAGGCAUAAUGCCUUAGGCGCUCCAUGGCUUGUAAUGGGAACGGCCGCUGCCGGAAUGGCGGCCUACUGGAUGUUGUCAAAAUACACCACUGAUAUAUCGUCGUUGUUAUAG